AUGGUGUCCGCGGCAUUCUUUACAUUGCCCGGGGCGAGGUCGACGGGGCAGAAGCUGCAGAGACUCGUGGCGUUUGGUCUGCGACAGGAGUUUUCGCCCCUGUGGCCUGUCCCGCUCCCGCCGCAGCUGCCGAAGGACGCGGGGAAGCCAACGCUUGUCUUGGACAUCGACGAAACCAUCCUGCACACGUACGGCAUGCGCCUGGCGACGGAGGACACCGUGGCCUUCUCGCUCUACCUCCGCCCGCACCUGCGCGAGUUCCUGGCGGAGGUGAAGGAGCUGUACGAGGUCGUCUUCUGGACUGCGGGCACGGCGUCGUACUGCGCCGCGAUGGUGGACGCCAUUGAGGUGCAGGUGCUGCAGCUGCCGCGCUCGUUUUACAGUGUGGAGGAGAUCAGGCUUGCCGCCAGCGGAGCCGCGUCGACGGACACCGCCAACUUCUACGCCCUCUCCCGCACGCAGACGCUGGAGGAGGAGAACUACAUGAAGUACCUCCCCAUGCUGGGCCGCCCCAUGAACCGCGUCGUUGUGCUCGACGACAACGUGCGCAGCUUCCCGCUGCACCCGCGCAACGCCGUGAAGGUGCCGCUCUUCCUCCCCGACGACCGGACGCUGCAGGCGUACAGCCGGGCCGUGUCCCUCCUCAAGGAGGACGCCGCCCACAAGGACGCCGCGUCCCUGUCGGAGGUCAUUAGUCGCGGCCAGGCGGAGGUGGCUCGCCUGGAGAAGGACGAGGCGCUGCUGCAGCUUCUUCCCCUCCUGCGGCGGGUGGCCCAGGCGGAGGACGUGCCGCGCGAGCUCGAUCACUGGCGCGACGACGACUACGUGCGCUGCGACGACUUCCACGAGACGAUGAACCCGCUCUCCGUCACGCGCCAGCGCGUGCUGGGCUCGGUGCUGCCCUCGCGCCGAGACACGCCCAUCCCGCCGCUGAAGGCGCACUUCAUGAAUCAGUGCUUCGUGGAGGGGGCGAACGCUGCCAUGCGCAGCCAGCAAAUGCGGCGGGCUCGCUCAAGACUGUAA